CGUGCGAAGAAGACGCGUUGCGCGAAAAAACCUUUUUAGGUAUUUUCAACGUAUCGAGAUAUUUAUUUUAAUUGCUCGACCGAUUAAUAAAAUAAAACAAAUACUAAAAACUAGUUAUUUAUUGACGUCUUACGCCAUUAAUUUAUUAGCAGAUAUUCCAAAGGUUAGACGAAGCUAUGCCUUGGAAUUUGGAUUUUUAGUGCGAUUUUUGUGGUUUUUUUUUUUCAAAAAUUAGUGAUGAAGGGACAGAGUAAAAGAUUUGUGAAUCACAAGGGAAAAGCUUAUGAUAUGGGUGUUAAGAAAGAGAAACAAGACGACAGUAUUGGAUUUUUUGACCUGUGGCGAUAUUCAACAUGGAUCGAGAGGCUAGCCACAGUAUUAGGUUCCCUCUCCGGCUGCAUCUGCUCAGCAGGACUGGUCGCCGCGGUGCUCAUAUACGGAGAACUCACAGCUCUCUUCAUCACACGACACAAGGCCGAGCCCAAUGCUGGACAGGCGUACAUAUUACACAUUUUUGGAGGGGACAGAAUAGUAGGUGACAGCAACAGAACCCACCACAUGGACGCUCUAGUGGAGGACUCGAUAGCAUUCGCGGUGGCCAGCUUCGCGAUAAUGGCGUGCCAGUUGGUCGCCGCGGCCUGCGCUGUCACCCUCGCGAACUGGGCUGCUGCUAGAAUGAUAACAAGGUUAAGAUGGAAACUCCUACGAUCAGUAUUAAGUCAAGAGACAGCAUUUUUCGAUACCAACACUACGAUGAACUUCGCAUCGACCCUUACAGAAGACACAGAAAAAUUAAAAAUGGGUGUCGGCGAGCAUGUAGCGAUGGCAUCCUAUUUGGCUGGCAGCGUUGUCGUGGCGACCAGUGUUGCGCUGGCACACGGCUGGCAACUCACGCUGGCUGGCCUGGUCGUCGUGCCAAUAGCGCUAGUCGUCGCUGCCCUUGUUGCCAAGAACCAAACCCGCUGCUCAGCAGAUGAAGUAGUGGCGUAUGGUACGGCUGGGCGCAUAGUUGAACAGGCGCUCUCUGCCAUACGCACGGUUAGAGCGUACUCGGGAGAAAAGGUUGAAGUAACCAGAUACUCAGAAGCCCUAGGUGGUGCCAGUUCGGCAGCGCGCCGCCGCUGCGCGUGGUCGGGAACGGGCGCUGGCCUCGGCUGGCUACUGACGUACGGCCUCAACGCCAUAGUGUUCGCGUAUGGAGCCGCGCUGUGUGUGAGCGACAUGCCUCUACCACCUGAGGAGAGGACUUAUCAUCCUGGAGUUAUGGUCACGGUCCUCUUCUGCACUUUCAUGGCAGCUCAAAACAUCGCCAUGUUGAACCCGCAUCUGGAAAUCUUCUCGACCGCGCGGGGCGCUGCCAAGUCGUUGUUUGGUCUUCUAGAACGACAGUCCAAGAUCAACGCGUUAAACAAUUCUGGACUUAAGCCUGACGCGUUUAAGGGCGAUAUCGUGUUUGAUAAUUUGUACUUUAAUUAUCCAUCGAGGCCUGAUAUGAAGGUACUCAGAGGGUUAAGUCUGAAGGUGAAGGCGGGUGAAACAGUGGCUCUAGUGGGAGGCUCGGGUUGCGGCAAGUCGACGCUGCUACAGCUUCUCCAGCGCGCCUACGAGCCGGACAGUGGCAACAUUGUGGUGGACGGCAACAAGCUCCAUACCCUACACUUACACCAUUUCCGGAGAAGGAUUGGUGUCGUAGGCCAAGAACCAGUGCUGUUCAGUGGAACGAUUCGAGAGAACAUAAUGCUGGGAGUAGAAGACGCCACGGAGGCGGACAUGAUCGAAGCGGCCAAAACCGCGCACGCUCACCAGUUCAUCACUAAACUGACCAAUGGCUACGACACCACCCUCGGUGAAAGGGGAGCGCAGUUGUCGGGAGGUCAGAAGCAACGGGUGGCCAUCGCUCGCGCGUUGCUGAGGAAGCCGGCCAUCCUGCUGCUGGACGAGCCCACAUCCGCGCUGGACCCGGCCGCUGAGCGACAGGUUCAGGCGGCUCUGGACGCUGCCAGCAAAGGGAGGACUACCUUAGUGGUCUCGCAUAGGUUAUCGACAAUAGUGAACGCAUCUCGCAUAGUAUACAUCGAGCAGGGCGCGGUGCUGGAGCAGGGCUCACACCUGGAACUGCUGGAGAAGAAGGGCGCCUACUGGAAACUGUUGCAAGACGAUAUGACGCAUAGAAGUAUAGAAGCCACACAGUCCGAGUCCACAGAAGACGACGAGGUGGUGGAAGCGGAAGCAGAACAGAAGCUGAAUAGGGUUAGACGGAGCAGCAGCAUUUGCUCCACACAUAGAGAAUCGUUCCGGGGCAAUCGUUUUGUCCGCGGCAGUCUUCGGCUCGGAUCCAUGUCGUCAAACCAAGUGACUUCCGUACCGCAUCUAACUCAGGAAGACGACACCGAAGUUGAGGAGGAAGAAGAGAAAGAAGCGAACGUGUCGACCUGGCAGCUGCUCAAGCUGAACAGCGAGGAGUGGCCCUUCCUCGCUGGUGGAGGAGCAGCUUCCUUGCUCAUCGGAGCCACUAUGCCUGUCUUCGCGUAUUUAUUCUCCAAGUUAUAUGGCAUGUUCUCUUGGCCAGAUCACGACGAAAUCCUCCGCCAAUCUCAGAUCUACGCAGGCCUGUUUGCCUGUGCAGCGCUAGUGAGUGGCGUCGUCACCUUCCUCCAAGCCUGGCUGUUCGGGCUGGCCGGCGCCAAGCUUACGGAUAGACUGAGGAUACUCACGUUCAACAACUACUUAGUACAGGAACAAGGCUGGUUCGACGUGCCCACAAACUCAGUCGGGGCUCUGUGUGCUCGACUAGCGUCAGAUUGUGCUGCGGUGCAGGGUGCUACUGGAACUCGGCUGGGCACGAUGCUGCAAGGCAUCAGCACUAUGGUGCUGGGCGUGGGGCUGGCGCUGGCUUACUCCUGGAAGAUGACCCUCGUCAGCUUGCUGAGCGUGCCAUGCGUAAUCGGUGGCAUCUGCUUGGAAGGCUGGGUGACGAAGAAGUCUGAAGUGAAGGAGCAACGCGCCCUGGAGAGUGCGUCACGGCUCGCCACUGAAGCGGUGCUCAACGUGCGGACUGUACAUAGUUUAGGCGUGGAGUGGGCGAUCCUCGGGCGCUACUCCGCCGCGCUGGACGAGGCGGAGCGGCAGAACAGCACGCGCUGGGUGCGCGGGCCGGUGUACGGGCUGUGCCUGUGCGCGCCCACGCUGGGCUACGCGGUCUCGCUCGCGUACGGCGGCUACCUCAUCGCGAGAGAGGACUUGAACUACGAGUACGCUAUACUGGUAUCGGAAGCUCUGAUCUACGGCGCGUGGAUGUUGGCCGAGGCGCUGUCGUUCGCGCCCAACUUCGCGGCCGCGCGCCGCUCCGGCGCCCGCAUCAUCCGAGCCCUGGCGCGGCAACCCCUGGUACAGACCGAGCCCACUGCUGUGGAUGAUCCCUCAUGGGUCGCGACCGGUAAACUGGACUUCUCAAACAUCCACUUCCACUACCCCACGAGGUCCAACGUGCCCGUGCUGCGGGGCCUGAGCCUGGAGCUGCCCGCCGGCAAGACCCUCGCGCUGGUCGGGCCCUCCGGCUGCGGGAAGUCCACCAUCAUGCAUCUACUGAUGAGGAGCUACGACCCCAACCAGGGCGUUGUGAGGCUGGACGGACGCGACAUUCGACGCGAGCUGGCGCUGCCGCGGCUGCGCGCGCAGCUCGGGCUCGUGCAGCAGGAGCCCGUGAUGUUCGAGCGCUCCAUCCGCGACAACAUCGCGUACGGCGACAACUCGCGCCACGUCGCGCUCGAGGAGAUCAUCGCGGCUGCUCAGCAAGCCAACGUGCACUCCUUCGUCGCUACUCUACCCUCGGGCUACGACACGGUGCUGGAAGCGGGUUCCGCGGCGCUUUCCGGAGGUCAGAAGCAGCGCGUGGCGAUAGCGCGAGCCUUGUUACGGAAUCCUAGAGUGCUGCUGCUCGACGAGGCUACUUCUGCACUCGACGCUGCGAGCGAAAAGGUGGUACAGGCGGCUUUGGAGAGCGCGUCGAAGGACAGGACGACAGUGAUCAUCGCCCACCGCCUCGCUACAGUGCGGCACGCGGACGUCAUCUGUGUCGUUGAUGGAGGUGUCAUCGCAGAAAGCGGUUCUCAUGAAGAGUUAGUCCGCAAACGAGGCUUAUAUUGGGAGUUACUACAGCAGCAAGGUCCCACUGAGGUCAACUCGUGACAAUGACAACCAUUCGAUCUUGAUAUUCGCCAUUUUGUGGUCGCCAUUUUAUGUGAUCUCUUAAUGAGAUAUGAGGAAUUGUCAUAGUGCCUUUUGAUCUGGUAUCAAAUACUUUAUACUCUUAUGAUGUUAUAUAUGCCUACUUUUGUAUUAGUAAAUUUAAUUAGUUGAUGUAUGAAAGUGACCUUUGUAUUGUUUUUUACUUAGCAAGUUAUAUUGAUUUGUAACAUGGAGCUAGGAAUCAGCUUAGCCUAUGUUUGUACUGAUUAAAUUGCAUUGUUGCAUUUAUUAACGACUAUUUGAUUGAUAAUAAUGAGCUUUAGAACCUGGAGUG